ACUGACAUUUAGCUCGAUUUUUCAUCUCGUAAAGUAUUUUUUGCCCAAAAUGUGGAAAAUGAAAUGAAACUUGUGGAGAUAAGGUUCUUGGAAUAAAGAAUUGAUAAAAUGAUACAAGUUUUUCAUACCGAAGACCAUUAUAUAUUACAGGAUGGCGAUUUUACGCUGUGGUGUAGUAGAACGACAGGAGCUCUUGAACCAAAAAAAGGUAUAGACUUAUGUUCAGCAUGGAAUCCUGUUUGUAUUGGAAUGGUCUAUGGGGUUAUUGGAAAGGUCAAAGUUCACCCAGAAUCAGAAUGGAGUUUGUUAUUAAUUAAACAGCGAGCUCAUGUUGGAAGAAUAGACAGACAUGAUAUUUAUAAGAUCCACAAGAUUGCUGUGAUACCACUUUCUGGUAAUGAACCAGGGGAAUUGGACUUAGAGUUGUGUAGAAUGCAUCAUUUUGGGAUAAAGAAAGCAUCAUUGGCUGGACAUGAUGGUAGCACAGGGAAACAGAUACAGAAAAAACUCAAGUCAAUCAAAAUUGCUGCUUCAGAAAAUAUUAAACCAAAGAACAAAGAAUCCAAAGAUAAGGACAAGUUUAUCAAAAGAAUAAUGGAGGAAUUAGUGAAGAUGUUCAAUGAAUCAGACUCAUUCUACUUCAGUGAAACGUUUGAUUUGACAAACAGUAUACAUAAACAAUACUCAUCAAGUUAUAGUCAAAAGAAAUUCCUGUGGGAAAGGGUUGACAAAAGGUUCUUUUGGAAUUAUCAUAUGACAAAAGAAAUUAGAGAAAUGUAUUUAGAAAACGAGGACCCAGAGUUAUGGUCCCAUUGGAUAUUGCCUGUAAUUCAGGGGUAUGUCCAAAUAGAACAUUGCAUUAUGGACUUUAAGGGAGACAAAGGUUUGAGUGAUUCUACCUAUACACCAGAGUUUGGUAACACUAAAUAUACAGCACCAUUAGAGUAUGAUAUUGGUAUUAUUUCAAGGAGGAAUAGGAAUAGAGCAGGUACAAGAUCAAAGAAACGAGGUUUAGAAGAAACUGGAGCUUGUGCUAAUUAUGUAGAAACAGAACAGUUUUUGGAAUUCAAGCCGCAUAUUGUGUCAUUUGUACAAGUACGAGGGUCUAUUCCAGUUUACUGGAGUCAAUCUGGAUACAAGUACAGACCCCCUCCACGACUAGACAAAGGAUCCAAGGAAAACUAUGAAGCUUUUACAAACCAUAUUGAAGAACAACUUUAUUUAUACAAUUCUUUUGUUGCCAUCAACUUAGCUGAAUUGUCAGGAAAGGAGAAAGCGAUCAGUGAUGCUUAUUUGUCUAAUGUUCUUGAGUACAAUUCACCAGAUAUUACGUACAUCUCAUUUGAUUUUCAUGAGUAUUGCCGUGGUAUGAAGUUUGAAAAUGUUGCUAUCCUGACUGAUGGAAUAAAAGACAUUAUCAAAAACAUGAAAUAUACAUGGGUAGACAGGAAGGGUGUGAUAUGUGAACAGAAUGGUGUAUUCAGAAUCAACUGUGUGGACUGUUUAGAUAGAACAAAUGUAGUACAGACUGCCAUAGCUCGGAUCGUCAUGGAAACACAGUGUCGGAAACUUGGCUUGUUACCUCCAGAAGAAAAUCUGCCACACAGUUGUAAGAGGACAUUUCAACAGCUAUGGGCCAACAAUGGAGAUACUAUCAGUAGGCAAUAUGCUGGCACUGCUGCUUUAAAGGGUGACUAUACCAGAACUGGAGAGAGGAAGUUGUCAGGAAUGAUGAAGGAUGGUGUUAACUCAGCAAACAGGUAUUAUCUGAGAUUUAAGGACAACUACAGACAGGCUGCCAUUGACCUAACUUUAGGACAGCCAGUGGCUGAGGAUCUCUUGACUGGUACAACCAAAAUAGAGGAGGACACCACAGACCUUGUGGAAAGAGAGGAGAACUUGAAGUUAUUGGUAGAAGAUUGUAAGAAAAUGUUAAUCGUAGAACCUGAGGAAUGUCUCGGUGGAUGGAGCUUGAUAGAUGCUGACCCUGUGACUGGAGACCCAGACAGACAGGAAAUGGACAUAAUCUUGUUACUAAGUCAGAGAGCAGUAUAUGUUGCAUGGUAUGAUGAUGAAGAAGAGGGUAUAACUUGUUAUCAGCGAAUUUUUCUGGAGGACAUCGAACAAAUAGAAAUUGGUGCUGAGCCAGCCAUCUUCAAAUCAAAGUUUGUAUGUUUACGACUAUAUUACCACCAUUAUACAGAUGAAGGAUUUUUUCAUACCUUUCGAACUCCUAGUACAAGAUUGUUUAACAACAUUAUUAUUGCUGUUAAGAAUAAAGAGGAAGCUAAAGAAUCACUUGGUGCCAUAUAUCAAGGCUUUGCAGCUGCAACAGAAGAAAUACUGUCGCUUAAACUACCACUUGUAGAUGUUCCCAAAUUAGAUAGAAAGAAAACAAAACCCCAUAUAGAUGUUCAGUAUAUACACCAGCAACAACAGGAAAAUUCAUUGUCAGGGAUACAUAUACCAAGAGACGUAUCAGCACCUGAUUUGGCACAGAUGAAGCAAUCGUCAAGAAAGUCACCUCAAUCAAGUCUUACUCCAAGUCCUGUAGAGCCCAGCUCACCAUCAGAAAGUCCUUCAAGAACAAGGAGAAAUAUCAUGUCUGAUUUGAAGAAAAAUAUCAACACUGGCUUAAAGAAUAUUACCAAAUUAAAUAUACCAGGAAUAAGGCUUGGACGGAAUGUUCCUGACGAAAAAUCCACUAGUGAUACUUCUAGUGUAUUUUACAAACAAGAAAAACAAGCAGGUGGAGAUCAGUUAAACAGAACUGAUUCAACUGAAAAUGUAACUCUUAGAUUUAAAGUUUCAGAAAAUGUUAUACCAAGUGAGAGUGAAUUGAAGGAAGAUAAUAUCAAUGAAAAUGCAGAAUCAAAGCUGCAACACUUUAUUUCAGAUGUACCUGAUGACUCAGAGUUCUCUGAAAAUUUUGAUGAUGAAGAUGGAGGAAAUAUGUCUCAUGUUAUGGGGAAAUCUCAGGAAGAUGAAUCUAAGGAUUUGUCGAAUACAAACAGUCCGAUAGAUGUGUCUAGUCAAGAAAAUGAACAUACUCGUAUGUCUAAAAUCCCAAAAAUUAUAUUUCCCGCUACUAAUAGUACUAAAACACAACGAAUUGCUGAAUCUUUGGAACAGGAAAUGAGACAGAAGCUUGGAGAGAGGAAAUGUUACACUCAAAUCAUAUUUUUAUAAAGGCAAUUUUUGUAAUUUUUAACCUAUAUAUGCUCAGAGUUAAACAUUCAUGUAGUUGAUGAAGAUGCUCUUCCCAUGCAAUUUUUUAGAGAGAUUAUUAUGUUUCGAUGUUAUUUGUGAUAUAUAUAUUUGUGGUUUCCUAUUUUAUUUUUUCCAGAAAAGUGGUUUAAUUCAUGGUUUUAUACAUGGUGAAAGUAUUAUAAAAUUAAGAAUGGAAAUGGGGAAUAUGUAUGUCAGUGGAUAUAAAAGAUAUAAAAGAUCAUUUGUUUAACAAGCCAUGAAAUGAAGACAGAAUCAUAGUCAAUAAUAUUGUGAUAGUUAAUGUCUAGUUCUGUCUUGUGUACCAUGGUUAUUGAAAAAUAUGUUAAAUUUUAAGCUACUACCGGUAAACCUGAAUUGCCUUUAUCAUGUGUGACCUGAAUUACAAACAGUAGGAUUUAUCUAGCUAUCAGUAUAUAAAUUAUCAUUUGCAACAUAAAUAUUUUUAGUUGGGAUUUUAUUUUAAAAUAAUUUGAGUACAGUAGAACAUACUUUUUAUGUACUUAUUCAAAAUACAAAAUAAAAGUCAAUUUAUAUGAUACUGUUAGAAAAAUUGCAAUAUAAGAAUACUGCAAAACUGCUUCUAAAGGUAGAAAAAAAUUCUUAGCACGCAUAUUAGAUAUUUCAAUAGAGUGAUAAAGUGAGGUAAUAUUACUAGCAUUGUAUGUACAUUUACAAGAGCUUAAGAAUAAGUUUAAUGUAUCAAUAUUUUAGUGCAAAAAGACACAAGUUUAAAAAAUUCAAAGUUAUUGUAAAAUUUCAACAAAAUUACAAAAUCAUCUGUUUUAGCCUUUUUUUUUCUCUCUAUCUCUCUCAAAAGUUUACAGUCACUUAGUUUUAUUCUGUAAAUUUUCAAAAAGAUCAUCUCUCACUACAACUUAUCUUUAAAUAAUUUUAGAAAUGGACUAUACAAUGUUAAACAUUUUCUGCACCACUUUAUAAUUGUUAGCAUAAAUGUUUUUUUUUCAUGAUUAUGAUAAACAUGACAUUUUAAUAUAGUCUUAAUAUAGUGUCAGAUUUUACCCCCAAAAAAACUAUGUCACAAAUGGAAUGUUUUAUGAAGAAAUGUACAACAUUAUUACUGAACAAGUGUAUUUUCUAUUUUUGUUGAUGUUAUGUUUUUUUAUACAAUUUUAUUUAUUGAAGGCGCUGAACAAAAUUAAGCCACUGUCAGUUAACAACUUUGUAUGUCUUAACCAGUUUUCUUGCAAAUGGUUAAAUUUAUUUCAAAUGUAAUGAAAGUUAGGUCGUGAGACUAAGGGAGCUUAGUAACCAUUUGAUUUUUAUUGGGGGCUAGGAUGAAAAAUUUUGUCCUGCAUUUUUUUUUUAGUUGUAACCUCUUGCCUGCCUUUUUAUUUUUCAUUCUAUUCGGUCCUGCCUUUUUUUUUCAUUAGUUUAUCCUGACAUUUUUUACAUAAAUUGUCAUCCUGCCUUUUUUUUUUUUGCCAAAGUUGCUCAUCCUGCCUUUUUUUUUUACCCCCCCCCAUAAAGAUCAAAUGGUAGCUCCCUAAAAUAUAAGCUACCAAUAACAAUUUCAAGACUUUAUGACUUUGUUUUUGCUGUCAUAAAAUUAAAAUUGACCUGAUAUAAGUUGUAGGAAAAUUGGAUAAUUCAAGUAUUUGGUCUUACAUAACCUGUGUUUUAAACAGUUUAAGGUAGAAAGAUCUUCCAUAAAUAGGGAAAAUCACAAACAGAGUGCAAUAAUAAGUACAUGUAGCCAAGAAUUUGUAUAGUGAUAAGGAUUGGAACUUCGUGGACAGUUUGCAUAGCCUGUAUUGAAAUAAGAUGCAUAUGCUUAGAUUUUCCGAGAUUUACAGAAUCUCACUAUACAAAUCCUUGAUGUAGCCAAAAGCUGAUACAUAAGUGUCAACUUUUUUAUCCUUCAAAGUUAAAGAUCUGGCUGGAAGAAAUUUUUAUUGGGAGACUGCAAUAAAAUAGAUUCUAGAUAUUUUAUGUUAUUUUUAGCAGUAACAUUAUUAAUGUUCAAAGAUUCUAACAAUUAACAUUUAAAUGAAUCAUUUGAUGAUGGAUUUAUUAUUAUCUAUAUAUAGAUAUAUUAAUUUUAUUAAUUAAUAUUAUGAAUGAAUAAUUUUUAUCAGCAUGUUAGCUAGUUUUAGCAUUCCUUAUUGUGUAAACAAACAUAAAAAUUACCAUUAUUUUGUCAAUUAAAUAGUAAUAAAACAAUUACUUAUAGUUAAAUAACAAUGAACAAUGAAAAGAAUGAAACUUUAAAUACCUACUGAGCAUGCACAUUUUUUGUCACAUACUUAUCAGCAUUUUCAUUAUGAAUGGAGUUAAAAUCUGGUAUGGAACUUCUUUAUGAUGAGUUGUAUCAUGGAAGGGAUUUUCAGAUCUCAUAGCUGAUAGGCAAUAUGUUGUUAAGGAAUGAUUUUACUCUGUGUUGUGCUUUAAUAAUUAUUUCAAUUGGAAUAUAAAAAACUUUCAAUAUAUAAAAAUGUAGACAAUAUCUCUUAAAUUUUUUUUAAAGUGACCUUAUGAAAAUUCUUUUGUAGUUAGAUGUAGAAUAAAUUCAAGCAGAUCAGGGUAAAAAUCUUAAAGUACUUAUUAUUUUUGAGUUUUGUUUGUUAGAAGGGUUGUGUUUUCAAUCACUAUUGGUUUUGCUUAUUGAUUGAAAUAAGAUUUUUCUUAUUCAUAUGAAGCUUGACAUUCUUAUGUUUUUAAUUCUAUAUUUAUCUUCUGCUGAGCUUUUUUGGCACCUCAAUGGCAAUAUUUUUCAUUUAAAAAAAUUCCUGUACAAGAAUAUUUAUGCAUAUGUUUUUGUUUUAAAACUUUCCAAUAUUAAGUAUAGUGGUAUAUUGCACUUUUCAGGAAAAUAUUGCAAUAACUUUCCUGUGAGGGGUAGUAUACAAAGCACCUAUUAAAACUGACACAACUUUAAAUUUUAUGUAUUAACAGGUCUAUUUUUUUAAGUUUACAUUACAACAAUAUUUAGGUGUUCACUUGAUUAGAACUAAUUAGUCCAAAAACAAAUGAAUUUGUAUUUUCAUUUUAUUUUUAUAACAUUUUGUUUUAUUUUGCUGGGUUUUUUUUAGGUUAGUGAUCCAAUGGCAUUUAUAUAUCUUACAUGUAUAUUUUUUCUGUUUUUAAACUUUAUUGUUUGAGAAGAACCAGUUUUUUGAGAACCACUGUUUUAUUUCCUUUUUUCAUCAAGUGAGUUGUCUCCUAUAUUUGAGUAAUCAUUAUUCAUCUCAUGUGAAUUCUUUAUAUAAUUUCUAUGUGGGAAAUCAUGUAUUUUUGUAUUUGAAAUAAAAAGAAAUAUUCAGGCAAUGGAAAUAAAUUGUUUCUAAAAUUUAUCAUCAAAUAAUUCAGAAUUUUCAUUUUCAUUUUUAUUAUUAAAGAUGGCAAAAAUGCAUUGCAGAGUAUAAGUAUACCAAAUUUGGGGAUAGCUAUUAAAAGACCAACUACUAAGAGGAAUUAAGGAUGUUCGCUCUUCUUGUUUUUGAAUUUUUGCCAGAUAUUCAGAAUCCUCUGGUUUUAUCCAUGUAGUGCCAUUAAAAAUUUUGCCUGCAAACCCCUACUUUUCAUUUCAUAAUUUUAUUACAUAUAGUUUUAAAAGCCAUAUUUGAAAAUCUUCUAAAAUCCUUGUUAUUCUUUCAUAGUUUUUGAAAGAAAAAAGGUGCCUAUGUUAAAUGUAUAAAAAAUCUAGAGAGAAUCACUUCCCGCCAAAUUUUAAAUGGCUUAUAUCUUGAAAACAUUGCACACGUACCCUUCAGUUUUUUCUGCUUUUUUAGUUCCUUUAUUCUUGUACUUUCAAUUUAUAACAGUCUUUUAAAAAGCUUGUUAUUUUGAAACAGAGGAGUGAACAUCCUUAAGUGUUUGAUCUGUUUACCAAUUGUCGAAGAAUCUAAUCCCAAUGCCCAGUCUUAUCCCACACCAAACACAUUUACUUAAUCACAUUGAAGUACAUAGCUUAUCUUAUGGUACAGGCCUUUUUUCAUUGUUAUAUGCUACACAGUAGACCCAAUGAAUGUUUAUGUAUUAAAAAACAUUUUUCAAAUCAUACUAGCCAAGACCUCUUAUGAAGAUCUCAUAGGUUCAAUUUGUUACAAAUUUGUACUAAAAUUCGGGUCUUUUUAAUGCCAAAAUGGCCAAUUAUGGUUCUAUUUCCUUAAUAGUAGUCUUAAAUUACAAGUUGAAAAGAUAUAUCAGUAAUACACAUAUUAUAUUCUGAAUUUACAGUUAAUAUAAAUGAUAUUUGGUUUUUGGUUUUGAUGUUUUUUUUUGCAGAAAAUAAAUUAAGAUUUUUGUAAUAUACUGAAAGUGUAAAUAAGAAAUUAAGUCAUCAGGAAUUUUAUAGGAACAUGACUUUUUUGUAUGUUCACAAUAUGGAACUGACUAGUCCAAAUUUUAUUUUAUGUCCUGAUAGAUUUCAGAGAAUUCUCAGACUAGGAGAAGACUACAAAAGACUGAGAUAUUGUAUAAAAGUGAACAUAUGAAGUGCAAUAUUGAAAUACAUGUACAGAGUUGUGUAUUUUAUCAAAAAAUAUUGUCAGCAGUGAUAUUUUAUUUUAUUUUUAACAAUUCAUAUUUGUGUCUUUUAUUUUGAAUUCUUAUUUUUAGCUUUACAUUCCUUAAAUGUUUCUUUAAAAUGAGAUUUGUAAAUUGCACUGAAUAAGCUGAUGUCAGCUGAUUAGAAUAAAGUACUCUUGAUUCA